AAAAAAAAAAAAAAAAAAAAAAUAUAUACUACGUUUAAAAAUCUAAAAAAAAAUUAAUUCUAACUUAUGCACUUAUUAGAUUUUACAAAAUCUAAAUAAACUAAAAUUUUAUUCCGAUGUCAUCAAAAAUUCAUGAAGCAAAAACGCGCAGAGAAUCGUAUGUUCAAAAAAUUGAUCUUAACCUAAGCACGAAGAAAACUAAGAGAAACCCGAAAUUUUGUCCUAAUUGCGAAGUAACAACCGACUGUAUUAAUCUAUUUUCCAAUAAAUUAAAUAGAAUCGAAGAAGUUGUUAAUAAUUAUAAAAAUUUUCCGAAAAAUAAGACCGAAAAAAUUUCCGUAUUUAAUGCAAAAUUUACAUUAAAUAACGUUCCCUGUGAAUUAGAAUACGAUUUAUCAAAUUUUACUUUAGAAAAUUUACAAAAGUUAGCAAGUUUUAUAACUCAAAAUUGCAACAAUAAUGAUAUUUCCAAUAAUAAUGGCAAUUCUUCCGAAAAAAACAGAUAAUUAAAACUUUCGAUUAAUAAUAUUAAUAUUAUCGUUAUUUCUUU